CCGUUCCAUUUCUUAUCCCCUCUCCUCCCCCUUCCCUCCCCUCUCCCUCCCACGAUGGCGUCCCUCCUCACGCUCCCCGCCCUCGCCCUCUCCAACCCCGCCACCGCCUCCGACGCCGUCAGGCUACGCUCCGCGGCCUUCCGCUGCUGGGCGCUCCGGCGGCGCGGGUGGGCGGCGGUGGCCGCCGUGGCCUCGCCCAACUCCGUGCUCAGCGAGCACGCCUUCAAGCGGCUUCAGCUCGGGAGCGACGACGAGGACGAGGAGGGGACCUACGGGAGCGACGCCAACGAGGGGUUCGAGGCCGGGGAGGGGUUCCAGGGGGACGAGGAGGAGCUCGCCAUUGCCAGGCUCGGCCUGCCUGACGAGCUCGUCGCCACGCUCGAGAAGCGCGGGAUUACGCACCUGUUCCCCAUCCAGAGGGCUGUGUUGAUUCCCGCUCUUGAGGGCCGUGACCUGAUUGCUAGAGCAAAGACUGGAACCGGAAAGACACUAGCCUUUGGUAUUCCCAUGAUCAAGCAAUUAAUUGAGCAAGACAAUGGUCAAAUUACAAGGCGAGGUCGCACUCCUCGGGUUCUGGUUCUAGCACCUACCAGAGAAUUAGCCAAACAAGUCGAGAAGGAAAUAAAGGAAUCAGCACCCAAGCUCGGCACAGUGUGUGUUUAUGGUGGUGUCUCGUAUAAUGUCCAGCAGAAUGCACUCUCCCGUGGUGUCGAUGUUGUUGUUGGAACACCUGGCCGCAUAAUUGAUUUGAUAAAUGGCGGAAGCCUCCAGUUGGGAGAAGUUCAGUAUUUAGUCCUGGAUGAGGCUGACCAAAUGCUUGCAGUGGGGUUUGAAGAAGAUGUUGAAACAAUAUUACAACAGCUUCCUGCGAACAGGCAAAGCAUGCUGUUCUCUGCAACGAUGCCUAGUUGGGUGAAGAAACUGUCCAGGCGGUACUUGAACAACCCUUUGACAAUUGACUUGGUUGGUGAUCAAGAUGAAAAGCUUGCUGAAGGAAUCAAACUCUAUGCUAUCCCACUCACAGCUACAUCAAAGCGCACCAUUCUUAGUGAUCUAAUUACGGUUUAUGCAAAGGGUGGGAAAACCAUUGUUUUCACUCGUACGAAGAAAGAUGCAGAUGAGGUAUCAUUGGCACUGACAAACAGUAUUGCUUCUGAGGCACUUCAUGGUGAUAUUUCACAGCAUCAGCGUGAGCGGACACUAAAUGGAUUUCGUCAAGGGAAAUUUACUGUUCUAGUAGCUACAGAUGUUGCUGCUCGUGGUCUUGAUAUACCAAACGUUGAUUUGGUUAUCCAUUACGAAUUGCCAAAUGAUCCAGAAACUUUUGUCCAUCGUUCUGGACGCACUGGACGUGCUGGGAAAGCAGGAACUGCAAUCUUGAUGUUUACCAGCAGCCAGAAAAGGACAGUUAAGUCUCUUGAGCGUGAUGUUGGUUGCAAGUUUGAGUUUAUAAGCCCUCCGUCCAUGGGAGAAGUGCUGGAGUCAUCUGCUGAGCAUGUCAUUGCUACAUUGCGAGGGGUGCACCCAGAGUCAACUCAGUACUUUCUUGGAGCAGCUGAGAAAUUAACAGAAGAAUUAGGACCUCAUGCUCUUGCUUCUGCACUGGCACAUCUGAGUGGGUUUUCUCAGCCACCUUCUUCACGUUCUCUGAUCAGUCAUGAGCAGGGAUGGGUCACAUUGCAACUAACUAGAGAACAAGGAUAUGGCAGAGGCUUCUUUUCUCCUAGAUCAGUUACUGGUUUUCUGUCUGAUGUUUAUUCAGCUGCUGCAGAUGAAGUUGGCAAAAUAUACCUAAUAGCAGAUGAGAACGUCCAAGGAGCAGUCUUCGAUUUGCCUGAGGAAAUUUCCAAGGACCUGCUUGCUAUGGAGCUCCCCCCAGGAAACACCUUAAUGAAAAUAUCAAAGCUGCCUGCGUUGCAAGAUGAUGGUCCUGCCACUGAUAGCUAUGGUCGUUUUUCCAACGACCGAGGUUCCAGGAACAGGCGUUCCAGGGGUGGAGGUGCUGCAAGAGGCCGGGGUGGUUGGGACACUGAUGGUGAGGAUCGUUCCAGGGGUGGAGGCGCUGCAAGAGGCCGGGGUGGUUGGGACACUGACAGUGAGGAUCGAUUCCGCCGUGGUGGCAGGAGCUUUAGGUCUGACAACGAUAGUUGGUCAGAUGAUGACUGGUCAAGCGGUGGGAGAAAAUCAAACCGUUCCUCGUCCUUUGGUAGCCGCUCAUCAUCUUAUGGCAGCCGUGGCUCACCAUCCUUCGGUGGUCGCUCAUCAUCCUUCGGUGGUAGGGAGAGUAACAGAAGCUUCAGUGGCGCUUGUUUCAACUGCGGUGAAUCCGGUCACCGUGCAUCAGACUGCCCAAACAAGUAGAUGGUAGAGAUGGCGCAUUCUUCCCUGCCGCACAGGGUCACCCCUUUUGAUGAUCCUGAUCGGCUUCCAACAAGACGGCUGGAGCAUCAGGACGCACGCAGAGCAAAAAAAUCCAAGCCCCACUCCACCUGCUGAUCAGUAUAGCCAGCGGACGUUAUUACUGGCUGGCAACCCCCACCGUGCGGUAGCUACAUUUUUUGUGUGGCCGUCUCGUCGGAACAGAAGAUUUUGGCAUGCUGACUACAGUUAUUACGUCCAGAGGAGUUCCUUGAGCUUAUUCAUGUCACACGGGCUCUACUCUACUCUAUAGGAAUAUGCUGUAUUAUUUCUUCUCCUUUUGUGUUCUUGAUUGAGGAUCUCAAUAGAACUGUAACCACACGAACUGUGUACAGUUGCUGCUGCUACACCGUUGCGACAGAGACGCAAUCACAGUCUGCAUUAUCUUGCUUCA